AUGGGACAGAAAUCAUCCACUCCGCUGUCUUUGACGCUGUCACACUGGUCAGACAUAACUACCCGUGCUCACAACUUAUCUCUUAUAGUUAAGAAACGUAAAUGGCAGACUUUCUGUGAAUCCGAAUGGCCAGCCUUAGGUGUCGGCUGGCCCCCGGCCGGAACCUUCCACAAAGAUACCAUCCAAGCCGUCAAGGCAGUCGUCUUUAGUCCUGGACCUGGGGGCCAUCCAGAUCAACAACCUUAAUGGGAAGAUUUAGCUGAUGACCCUCUCCCCUGGGUUAAGCCCUUCCUCCCUCCAGGCACCUCUUUCCUCCCCCUCUCCCUCUCUGCCCUUCCUGCCCCUCCUAAAUCUGCCACACCUAUGCUCCCACUCAAAUCUCAGGAGUCGGCAGCUCCCCUUCUCCCUCUUCCCUCCUCUGUUCUUCCCGAAUCCCAAUCUGAUCUUAUUUCCUUCGACUCCGGUCUGCCGCCCCCCUACCCCAGAGAUGUUCCUGCCGGUACUGCUGAAGCAGGGAGCCCUCCUCCCCCAUUACAGGGUCCAGCGCAUGGUACUCAAAGUCGGAGGGCCCCAACUCCCGAUGACGUGGCCAUUACUCUGCCCCUCCGCCCUUUCGGUCCCCCGGUCCCGGACGGGCAAGGGGGGGACAUGUCGGCACUUCAAUAUUGGCCUUUCUCCUCCUCUGAUCUCUGUAACUGGAAGAAUAAUAACCCACCUUUCUCUGAAGAUCCCGUCAGACUUACUGAUCUCCUUGAGUCCCUUAUGUUUUCCCACCAGCCUACUUGGGAUGACUGUCAGCAACUCCUCGGAGUCCUCUUCACUUCCGAAGAGAGGGACCGAAUCCUUCUGGAACCCAGGAAAUUAGUUCCUGGACCAGAUGGACGUCCCACCCAGCUCCCAAACCUCAUAGAUGAGACCUUUCCGCUGAGACGACCCAAUUGGGACCCAAAUGCUCCAGAAGGUAGGCAGCGACUCAUACUCUAUCGCCGCCAGACUCUGAUGAGAGGUCUCUGGGCGGCAGCAAGGCGCCCCACCAAUUUGGCUAAGGUAAGAGAAAUAAUACAAGGGCCAGAGGAAUCCCCAUCUAGAUUUCUAGAAAGACUAACGGAAGCCUACAGGAGAUAUACCCCUUUCGAUCCUGAAUCCGAGUAACAGAGAGGGGCAUUAGCUAUGGCUUUCAUAGGACAAUCAGCUACUGACAUUCGUAGAAAACUUCAGAGAAUGGAUGGAUUACAAGAUAUGGCCCUAAGGGAUUUAGUCAGGGAAGCUGAUAAGGUCUUUUACAAAAGAGAGACAGCAGAAGAGAGGGAGCAGAGACUAGAGAGGGAAAAGGAAGAAUCAGGAAAUAGGAGAGAUAAACGAAAAAAUAAGGAACUAACAAAAAUUCUAGCCACCGUAGUUGAGAAACAGGAUAGGAAAGAAAAGAAUGGUACCUCGGGCCCACGCCAGAAGCCAAAACUAGGACCCAACCAGUGUGCCUAUUGCAAAGAGGAAGGACAUUGGAUAAAGGAUUGCCCUAAGAAAAAGAAAAAGAUAGAAAAGGUUCUUGCCCUAGAAGACUAGAGACGUCGGGGUUCGGAUCCCCUCCCCGAACUCAGGGUAACCUUUAAUGUGGAGGGGACCCCAAUUAACUUUGAAGUCGACACUGGGGCAGUUUAUUCUGCCCUACAGAGCCCACUAGGCCCCCUCUCCAACAGAAAAUCCUUAGUACAAGGGGCAAAUGGAAGCCAACAUAGAUCUUGGAAAACCAAGAGAACAAUGGACCUCGGGAGGGGACGGGUACAGCACUCCUUUCUGGUCAUACCCGAAUGUCCUGCCCCACUCCUGGGGAGAGAUUUGCUUACUAAACUAGGAGCAAGCAUUGACUUUAAACCUCAGGGACCAGAAAUCAGGUUCAGUAAUCCACUCGUCAGUCAGCCUGUUGUGACUAUGCUGACCCUGUCUACAGAAGAUGAAUAUCAGCUAUAUGAAACCUCCAGGCCUAUACCCCGCCAACCAGGGAACAGAUGGCUCCAAGACUACCCUGAGGCAUGGGCAGAAACGGCUGGACCAGGCCUUGCCACACAGCAGCCUCCGAUAAUAGUGAGCCUGAAGCCAUCUGCCACCCCUAUCAGAGUCAAACAAUACUACAUGAGCAAAGAGGCACGGGAAUGUAUUAGACCCCAUAUCCGGAGGCUACUAAAAGAAGGGAUCCUGAGGCCUUGCCAGUCAGAAUGGAACACCCCCUUGCUGCCCGUUAAGAAACCAGGUACAGGGGACUACAGGCCAGUCCAGGAUCUUAGGGAAAUUAACAGUCGUGUAAUAGAUACCCAUCCAACGGUUCCAAAUCCCUACAACCUCCUCAGUACCCUCAGUCCAGACCAGAAAUGGUACACUGUAUUAGACUUGAAGGACACUUUCUUUUGCUUGCGUUUACAUGAAGGCAGCCAACCCCUGUUUGCUUUUGAAUGGACAGAUCCAGAAAAUGGCCUCAAUGGACAACUCACCUGGGCAAGGCUACCCCAGGGCUUCAAAAACUCUCCUACCAUUUUUGACGAAGCCCUGCAUCAGGACCUGAGUGAGUUCCGGAUCUCCACCCCAGAGGUAACCCUAUUACAAUAUGUAAAUGACCUAUUGCUGGCAGCCGCGACCUCAGAACAAUGUGAACGAGGCACUGAGAAAUUACUCGCUACGCUAGCCAAACAGGGAUACCGGGCAUCUGCUAAGAAAGCCCAGGUCUGUCGGUCUGAAGUCACCUUCCUGGGGUACUCUCUCCAAGACGGUAAGAGAUGGCUGACUGAGGCUAGAAAGAGGACUGUGACCCAAGUCCCACCCCCGGAGGACAGAAAAGGGCUUAGGGAAUUCCUAGGAACAGCAGGGUUCUGCAGGCUAUGGAUACGAUUUGCUGCCUUAGCCGCUCUCUUGUAUCCCCUACUGAAGGAGGGGACCGAAUUCACAUGGGGGAAAGAACAACAGGAGACAUUCGAUCAGAUUAAGAGGGCAUUGCUAUCGGCCCUGGCCCUAGAACUCCCUAACAUAGAGAAACCAUUCACGCUCUAUGUAGAUGAAAAGGGAGGAAUAGCUAAAGGGGUACUAACACAGCCCCUAGGGCCCUGGAAGCAACCGGUAGCCUACCUCUCUAAGAGGCUAGAUGUCGUUGCUAAGGGCUGGCCAGGAUGUCUGCGAGCAAUCGCGGCCGUAGCCCUCCUGGUCAAAGAUGCUGAUAAACUAACUCUAGGUCAAAAGCUGACCAUCACUGCACCCCAUGCUCUAGAGAGCAUCAUCAGGCAGCCACCAGAUCGCUGGCUCACGAAUGCUCGAAUCACUCACUACCAGAGCCUCCUACUAGAUAAGGACCGAAUCACCUUCGGUACCCCAGCUGUUUUAAACCCAGCCACCCUGCUACCCGGGGAAAAUGAAGAGACUGUUUAUCACCAAUGUAGGGACAUCCUCGCCGAGGAGACUGGGAUCCAAAAGGAUCUGCGGGACAUACCGUUACCGCACUCCGAUCUGAUCUGGUACACUGAUGGGAGCAGUUUCCUCUUAGAUGGGGAACGAAGGGCUGGAGCUGCAGUAGUAGACAAAGAAAAAGUAAUCUGGUCAGGAAGACUGGCCUCAGGGACUUCGGCCCAGAAAGCAGAAUUAAUAGCCCUAACGAAGGCCUUAGAAUUAGCAGAAGGUAAGCGAGCUACCGUUUACACGGAUAGUAGAUAUGCAUUCGCUACCGCACACAUACACAGAGUGAUUUACCAAGAAAGAGGGCUCCUCACAUCAGCCGGUAAAGACAUAAAACAUAAACCAGAAAUACUGGCCCUCUUAGAGGCUGUCAUGCUCCCACACGAGCUGGCCAUCGUCCAUUGCCCUGGACAUUAGAAGGGACAGGACCCUGUAGCGGAAGGGAACAGGAGGGCAGAUGAAGAGGCACGAGCAGCAGCCCUGCGGACGGCCGUCAACAUCCUGACAACGGGGGAAACACAAUCCCCCACCCUGGCCAGACUAAAAGAGCCUGAGGAUCCACGGACCUUCCUCCAGACUGCCCAUCGCCUUACCCACCUUGGGAUUAAUAAGCUGGUACAGCUGUUACAGGACAACGACCUUAACGAGCUCAGAAAGAGAAAGAUAGCCGAAGAGGUAUUCAAGGCCUGCAAGGCCUGCCAAAUGGUAAACGCCCACCCAACCAAGAAAAUAGAAGGAAUCAGGCCAGGUCAGUACUGGGAGAUAGACUUCACCGAAAUAAGACCCACUAAAUAUGGACUAAGAUAUCUCUUAGUUUUUAUAGACACCUUUUCUGGAUGGAUAGAAGCUUUCCCUACCAAGCAUGAGACUGCAGCAAUAGUCAUCAAGAAGAUAAUAGAAGAAAUCUUCCCCCGAUUUGGCCUCCCUAAGGUAAUAGGGUCUGAUAAUGGACCGGCGUUUGUGGCCCAGGGAAGUCAGGGGAUAGCCAAGAUACUGGGGAUAAAAUGGAAAUUACACUGUGCAUACCGACCCCAGAGCUCAGGGCAAGUAGAAAGGAUGAAUAGAACAAUCAAAGAGACCUUAACUAAAUUAGUAAUGGAGACUGGCCAUAGAGAUUGGGUAAUGCUCCUACCAUAUGCCCUCUUUCGGGCUCGUAACUCCCCCUCUGCAAAAAACAACUUGACCCCCUUUGAAAUACUGUUUGGAACUCCUCCGCCCAUUCGUGACUUGUACCCCUCUGACAUAAAUGUUCCGAAUACCCCCUUAUCUAUUAGAUUGCAGGCCCUGGCCAGAGUACAGCACUGCCUAUGGAAGCAGCUAUCUGACCUUUACCAACCGGAGGGAGACGGGACCCCACAUCAUUACCAGCCAGGGGAUUUCGUAUACAUCCGGAGGCACCAACACCGGACCCUCGAACUUCGCUGGAAGGGGCCCUACCAGAUCCUCCUUACUACACCCAGGGCAGUAAAGGUUGAUGGCAUCACUGCUUGGAUUCAUGCCUCUCACCUUAAGCCUGCUCCUCCUCCUGAUGACCAAUAGACCCUGGAAAAAACAGGCAACCCCCUCAAACUGCGUGUACGCCGCCGCAGUGCCCAGCCCUCACCAGCCGACUCUACAAACCUGGCAGGUGAUAUCGGGGACUAG